ACUCCCCCUUUUGAUCAUCCCAAUCGCACAACGGAUCCACAUGCAGCGAAUUCAGUAUCAAAGCUUCCCCAUGAAACCCUAGAAAUGAGUGCUGCAGGUGGUGCGUUUGGUGGCAACAGGGGGCUCCGUCCAGUGCCUCCCGAAAAGGGAAUAUUCCCAUUGGACCAUUUGCAUUUGUGUGAUCUAGAGAAGGUGGAAUAUCUAAAUUGUUUGAAGACUGCUGGCCACCAGUCUGAAAAAUGCAGGCAAUUCUCAAAAAAAUACCUGCAGUGUCGUAUGGAGAGGAACUUGAUGGCAAAACAAGACUUGGCUGAACUAGGUUUUAAGGAAAGUACUGUAGAAACUACUGGAGGGAAAGUUACUGAUAGGGUUGUCACUCAAGACCAAUAAACCCGAAGAAUUAAGAAUGUAUAUUGAUUUCGAGGUAGAGUUUUGAUAAUGCCAUUUUUGCCGUUAUCUUCCCAUUCGUUUGAAAAAUAAUGUCUGAAGCAUGCUCUGAGAAACAGAAGAUGGUGGAUAGUUUGUUCCAUUCCCUCUUUUAAUUAUAUGGAUUUUGAUUUUGUUCCUUCA